AUGGGGGCGCCGCUGCUGUUACCGCAGCCACUGCGUUGUCGUCUGUGUGGUAUCGUCAUGUCCGAGACCGCUCCCGCCCCAGCUGCUGAGGCAGCGCCUGCCGCCGCCCCGGCCCCCGCAGCCAAGGCCGCCGCCAAGAAGCCGAAGAAAGCGGCGGGCGGCUCCAAAGCCCGCAAGCCCGCGGGCCCCAGCGUCACCGAGCUGAUCACCAAGGCCGUGUCCGCCUCCAAGGAGCGCAAGGGGCUCUCCCUCGCCGCGCUCAAGAAGGCGCUGGCCGCCGGCGGCUACGAUGUGGAGAAGAACAACAGCCGCAUCAAGCUGGGGCUCAAGAGCCUCGUCAGCAAGGGCACCCUGGUGCAGACCAAAGGCACCGGCGCCUCCGGCUCUUUCCGCCUCAGCAAGAAGCCCGGGGAAGUGAAGGAAAAAGCCCCCAAGAAGCGGGCGGCCGCAGCCAAGCCCAAGAAGCCGGCAGCUAAGAAGCCCGCCAGCGCCGCCAAGAAGCCUAAGAAGGCGGUGACAGCGAAGAAGAGCCCCAAGAAAGCGAAGAAGCCGGCGGCCGCGGUGACCAAGAAAGCGGCCAAGAGCCCCAAAAAGGCGACUAAGGCUGCCAAGCCCAAGAAAGCGGCGGCGGCAGCGAAGAGCCCGGCCAAGGCAAAGGCUGUGAAGCCGAAAGCAGCCAAGCCCAAGGCGGCCAAGCCCAAAGCGGCCAAGGCGAAGAAGGCGGCGCCUAAGAAGAAGUAAGCUCCCGUGGAGGAAAGCUUUUCUUCCGCACUUAAACCCAACGGCUCUUUUAAGAGCCACCCACGUCGUCUUAAAAGGGCUGAAAUAAGUUUUGGGUUUUUUUGCUUUGUUCUUAAUAUCGCGGUAAAUGGAGGAAAUGCCUUUGAAGUUUUCGAAUCUCCCAUACGGAAGCUGGUAGUGUCCGCCGCGACUAGGAGGAACUUUAUCGUUUUAGGAACAGCUGUUGAGGCUGCACUACUAGGGAGAUCGUUCGCUCCUUUGAGGACAGACGUUGCUUCAAGGCGGUUUAAGUAUCUAGAACUUUGAAAUUAAUUCCUUUGUUUUUAAACAUAGUAUUGUAGCCACUACUUAACGCUUUCUUUUCAGAAUCCGUGCGUGCGAGUACGUGACAGGGCAAGCAGAGGGGAGGGGACGGUUUUUUGUUUGUGACUCGAUAGCUCACCUUAGCGGUAAGAUAGGAUGGGGCAGAGAGAUUUAUUUUGCACUUGACUCGAACUAUAGGAUCUAGAUCAUGCAACGUUUCCGGUUCCAAGAAUGAAUCUCACUUGCACGCUACAAAAAUAGACAUUUUAAACCAGUCGUAAUUAUUAAAGAUCAUUCAUCCAUGCAUUCUUUUUUAGAAAGCUAAGACCACUGGUGUUUCCUAAGCAUUUCCAAGCACGCUUAAAGCAAUUUAGCUCUUCAGUGAUCUAGUGGGUGGCUCUGAAAAGAGCCUUUGGGUUUCUCUGGGGAAAAAAAUUCCCGGGCGUUACUCUUUAGCGUUCACUUGGCUUUAGCCUUGUGGCUGUCGGUCUUCUUGGGCAGCAGCACGGCCUGGAUGUUGGGCAGCACCCCGCCCUGCGCGAUGGUCACCUUGCCCAGCAGCUUGUUGAGCUCCUCGUCGUUGCGGAUGGCCAGCUGCAGGUGCCGGGGGAUGAUGCGCGUCUUCUUGUUGUCGCGGGCCGCGUUGCCCGCCAGCUCCAGGAUCUCGGCCGUCAGGUACUCCAGCACGGCCGCCAGGUACACCGGGGCGCCGGCGCCCACCCGCUCCGCGUAGUUGCCCUUGCGCAGCAGGCGGUGCACGCGGCCCACGGGGAACUGCAGCCCGGCCCGCGACGAGCGCGACUUGGCCUUGGCGCGCGCCUUCCCGCCCUGCUUCCCGCGGCCCGACAUGGCAGCGACGCAGCGACUCAGCGAACUGAGAACAGCAGCAGCAGCAGCAGCUCCGCAGAAACAACGAUGAGCUGCCGGGCCGCGCACGCCCGCUUAUAUUCGCCUCGGGCGGAGCGGCGGUGCCACCGCUGAUAGGCCAGGAAGAAGGCGUUGUUCCGGCAGCCAAUGGGAACGCGGAUCGAGAGGUGCCCAAUAGCAAAGCUUAGGGCUUGGUGACGACCAGAAGUAGAACUUUCAACCAAUAGCGAUGCGACGGCGUCGAGCCGGGGCCUCGCCGAGCGCUCUAUAAAAGGGGCUCCCGCCGGCAGCGGCGUUACCGUGUGCUUCGUAAGCGCUGUUUGUGGGUGAGCGAGAGGUGCGCGUUUGCUGCGAUGCCCGAGCCGGCCAAGUCCGCCCCCGCGCCCAAGAAGGGCUCCAAGAAGGCGGUGACCAAGACGCAGAAGAAGGGCGACAAGAAGCGCAAGAAGAGCCGCAAGGAGAGCUACUCGAUCUACGUGUACAAGGUGCUGAAGCAGGUGCACCCCGACACGGGCAUCUCGUCCAAGGCCAUGGGCAUCAUGAACUCCUUCGUCAACGACAUCUUCGAGCGCAUCGCCGGCGAGGCCUCGCGCCUGGCGCACUACAACAAGCGCUCCACCAUCACCUCGCGGGAGAUCCAGACGGCCGUGCGGCUCCUGCUGCCCGGCGAGCUGGCCAAGCACGCCGUCUCCGAGGGCACCAAGGCUGUCACCAAGUACACCAGCUCCAAGUAGAGCGCCUCGGACCGUCCGUUUUAACCCAAAGGCUCUUUUAAGAGCCACCCACGUUUUCAGUAAAAGAGCUGAUGCUGUGGUGACUUGUU